AUGAGCCAUUUGCAGAACUUACUGUUAGAUACACUCCUGGGAACGAAGCAUGUAGACAGUGCAGCCCUCAUCAAACUCCAGGAGCCGAGCCUAUGUGUAGCAUCACCUGGAUUUAGUGUAAUGCCCAGUGAUGUCCGAACACUUGUGGAUGGAUUUGCCAAGAACCCUUUGAAAACCAGAAGAGAAGGAUUGUAUUUCAAGGAGAAGGACUACAAAUGUGUCCGGGCAGAUGACUAUUCUCUUUAUGCUAAGAGUGAAAAUACUGGUGUGGUUGUUGUGAAGACCCGUCUGUAUCUUCUGGUGGCAACUUACACUGAGGGCAUGUAUCCUAGUGUCUGUGUGGAAGCCACAGAGAAAUUGGGAGAAUAUCUAAGAAGAAAAGGAAAUUAAGUCAUCAGAGGACUAUGAAAGACAGCUUUUAUGAUUUUAGAAGAAAACUAUAGAUCCUAAAGAAAAAGUAAUGCCUUAUAUUGUGGUUGAAAAAUACUAGGCAGAAGAUACUGAAAAGGAAGAAUGAGUUAAGGAAGCAAUUUUUCUUAUUUCAAGAGAUCCUCUUCUUUAAUUGGAAUUACUUAGUCCACUUUAUUUGUUCCUUUUUUUUUUUUUUAGUGUUGGUCAUUGGCAUGAAUGUGAGGCAUUUCACAGGGCAUAUGAUAGUUUCACAGGGCAUUUCUGUUGGGAGACUCCUCCAUGAGUCUCUGUAUUCCCACACAUCUUGCUAGGUAUGCCAAGAAUACAAGGCCCUAACCACUCUUCAUGCAGACCAUUUCAGGGUUAUGUUGCAGGAAGCAACCUUGAAAAAUGAAGUGAUGUCUCCCUUCAGAACCAAGGGCAAGCUUGCUUACUGCUUGCUCUGAAAGAGGUAGAUUCCCUGAAUUCAGUGUUCCUGUCCUAGAGUGCAGCUCACUGCAUGUGUGGCAUCUAUCUGGUCCACAUCACCCCUGUGGGACCUGGGGAAAAGGGGAACCAAUGUAAAGACCACCCAACAACAGGCCACUUGUCAAGGUAUCUGAGGGACACACUGCACUCCCCACCAUCUGCAGGCAUCUGAUUUUGUUGAGCACUGGAAAGGUCUUCCCAAAAAUCAACUCAAAAAGAUUUCUGACUCCACCUCCCUCACUUCCUCCUAGUCCACACAACUUAGUGGGGUCAAUGAAUACAGCCUUCCCCAGAAAGGGUUCAUCUCCUCUUGGUCACCUCCUGGGUGAUGAUCAGAAUGAUGAGGGUAGAGAGUAUAUAUAACCUAUUUUGAAAAUUCAGGAUUCUACCCUGAUCAUUCCUGGCCAUGGUGCAUCUUUCUUUCUCCUAAUAGCAACCCCAGGCCAGUCUGUUUGUACAGCCUCCAAGUGUCCCUAGGGAGGGAAUACCAUAGGCCACUGGCAUUUCUUGACAUUACCAUGCAGUUUUCUGAAUUCCAAAAGCAUGCUAUCUGAGGCAAAGUGUCUUUCGUUAAUGUUUAUAAAAUUCUCCCACUUUCAGGUUUUGUAUAACAGCCUUUCAAGGAGCCUACCUCCAAUACAAUUCCUUUUCUGAGCUUGGGUGCCAAGAACUACAGAUUUGUUCUGGGUGGUCAAGCUGACCACUGUCCGUUCAUUCAUUUAUCUGUUCAGCUGCUUGAUUCUUUUCUGAAUUAGAGGUAAAAGUACAUUUAAAAUUUACUUAUUUAGCAUUCGUUGAGUAGUCUACUGUGUGCUAGGUACUGUUGAUACAAAAGUAAAUAAUACAUACACCCCACCGCAGAUAGGAUUACAAUUUAGUGAAGAAAAUUUAUAAAUGAGUCACAUUACCAUGUGACAAAUGCUGUAACAGAUAGAAAAAAAGAACUGUAAAGCACAAAGCCUAAAGCAAUCAACUGUGCAUUCAGGAGCCUGAAAAUGCAUUUGAAGUGAAUCUGGAAGAAUAAGUAAGUACAGAAGAGAGCGAAAAGUAUUCCAGGUUUAAGGAAUAGCAUAUGCAAGUUCCUGUUGUGUGAAAAGAAUGGUGAGAGGUUCAGUGUGGCUGGAAAAUAGUAUGUAUGAGAGAAUGAUAAAUGAAACUGGGAAGAUGGAUGGGGCCAAAGGAGAAAAGGCUACUUUCUUCAGGGUGACUCAAAGGACAUCAAGCAGUGUUACGGUAUAAACAGUACUUUUUGAAACUUUUAUAAUUUUGAUUGCAAAAGUAAUAUACACUCAUAAAAACGUUUGAGAAAAUAAGUUACUCAUAAUUUCACAUUAAAUGAA